GCAAAUAAAAAACCAAUGUAACACAUCUCUUCCUCUCCAUCUCUGCUCUGCUCGCUCCUUUUCUCCCUUUGAAAAAAAAAUCAUGCAUUUUCUUCUUUUUCUUCUUCUCCUUUUCCUCAUUCUCCAUUUCCACUCCUCCGCCGCCGCAAAACCACAUUUCCUCCCUGAAUACCGCGCAUUACUCUCCCUGAAAACCGCCAUUACCGACGACCCACAAUCCGCUCUCAUUUCAUGGAACAUCUCCACCAGUCACUGUACAUGGAAAGGUGUCACGUGCGACAAAUACCGUCACGUGACUUCACUAAACAUCUCAAAUCUCAACCUCACCGGUACUCUCCCGCCCGAAAUCGGCCAACUCCGUUACCUCGUCAAUCUUUCCGUCGCCGUCAACCAGUUUUCUGGCCCCAUUCCCGUUGAACUCUCCCUUAUCUCAAACCUCCGUUACCUUAACCUCAGCAACAACAUUUUUAACUUGAGUUUCCCUCAACAGCUUACCCAACUAAUAAACCUUGAAGUUCUCGAUAUUUACAAUAAUAACCUGACCGGUGAACUUGCCGUUGGGGUCCAUAAUUUGACAAAUCUUUAUCAUCUUCACCUCGGCGGCAACUUUUUCACCGGCCGUAUUCCACCGGAGUUCGGCAAAUUUCCUUUCCUCAAAUACCUUGCAGUUUCGGGCAAUGAACUCGCCGGAGAUAUCCCGCCGGAGAUCGGAAAUAUCACUACUCUUAAGGAACUUUACGUCGGAUACUACAACACAUUCUCUGGAGGAAUUCCGCCGGAGAUAGGGAACUUGUCCGAGCUCGUACGUUUCGAUGCUGCUAACUGUGGACUUUCCGGCAAUAUUCCGUCGGAGAUAGGGAAGCUUAAGAAAUUGGAUACUUUGUUCUUACAAGUGAAUUCUCUUUCUGGGUCUUUAAUACCCGAAAUUGGGUAUCUAAAAAGCUUAAAAUCUUUAGAUUUAUCCAACAAUUUGCUCUCCGGUGAAAUACCGUUAACUUUAUCGGAGCUGAAGAAUCUCACUCUGUUAAAUCUUUUUCGUAACAAGCUUUAUGGGUCAAUACCAGAGUUCAUUCAAGAGUUGCCGAAGUUGGAAGUUUUGCAGCUCUGGGAAAAUAAUUUCACUGGAAGUAUUCCAAUGGGUUUGGGCCAAAACAGUAAGUUAAAAACGCUUGAUAUUAGUACCAAUAAGUUAACUGGAAAUUUGCCCCCAAACAUGUGUAGAGGCAACAAUUUGGAGACUUUAAUUACUCUUGGUAACUUCUUGUUUGGCCCAAUUCCUGAAUCUUUGGGUCAAUGUGAAUCACUUAGUAGGAUUAGAAUGGGUGAAAAUUACCUAAAUGGGUCAAUCCCAAAAGGUUUGUUAAGUUUGCCGAAGUUGACACAAGUUGAACUUCAAGAUAAUCUUCUUACUGGUACAUUUCCAGUGACUGGUUCUGUGUCAGCUAGUCUUGGGCAGAUUAGUCUUUCGAAUAAUCGACUCACUGGGCGUUUGCCGUCCAGUAUUGGGAGUUUUAGUGGUGUUCAGAAGUUGCUUCUUGAUGGGAACAAGUUUUCGGGCCGAAUUCCAGCUGAAAUAGGGAAAUUACAGCAGUUGUCUAAAAUGGAUUUCAGUGGUAAUGGGUUUUCGGGCCCGAUUCCACCCGAGAUAAGUAAUUGCAAGGCUUUAACUUUUAUUGAUCUUAGUAGGAAUAAGCUAUCAGGUGAGAUUCCUACUGAGAUCACUGGUAUGAGGAUACUGAAUUACUUGAACGUGUCGCGAAACCAUUUAGUUGGAAGUAUUCCUGCAUCUAUUUCUGCAAUGCAGAGUUUAACUUCUGUUGAUUUUUCAUAUAACAACUUAUCUGGAUUAGUUCCUGGUACUGGUCAAUUCAGUUAUUUUAAUUAUACCUCAUUUUUGGGUAAUCAAGAUCUUUGCGGACCCUAUUUGGGUCCUUGCAAAGAAGGUGUAGUUGAUGGGGUUAGUGAACCGCACGAGAGAGGCACAUUUUCGCCUUCUAUGAAGCUUUUGCUUGUUAUUGGGUUACUUGCUUGCUCGAUUGUGUUUGCUGUUGCUGCGAUUAUAAAGGCUCGAUCUUUAAGGAAGGCGAGCGAGGCUCGUGCUUGGAAGCUUACCGCGUUCCAACGCCUGGAUUUUGCUUGUGAUGAUGUUUUGGGAUGUUUUAAAGAGGAUAACAUUAUUGGGAAAGGAGGUGCUGGUAUAGUGUACAAGGGUGUAAUGCCAAAUGGUGAACAGGUUGCUGUUAAAAGGUUGCCGGCUAUGAGCCGUGGUUCUUCACAUGAUCAUGGGUUUAAUGCUGAGAUACAGACACUUGGGAGGAUUAGGCAUAGACAUAUUGUUAGAUUAUUGGGAUUUUGCUCAAAUCAUGAAACGAAUCUUUUGGUUUAUGAGUACAUGCCUAAUGGGAGUCUUGGUGAAAUGCUUCAUGGAAAGAAGGGAGGUCAUUUGCAUUGGGAUACUAGGUAUAAGAUAGCGUUGGAGGCUGCGAAAGGCCUUUGUUAUCUCCAUCACGAUUGCUCGCCUUUGAUCCUCCAUCGUGACGUAAAGUCAAACAACAUUCUUCUGGAUUCCAACUUCGAAGCACAUGUUGCUGAUUUUGGACUUGCCAAGUUCUUGCAAGAUUCAGGAACAUCAGAAUGCAUGUCUGCUAUUGCUGGUUCUUAUGGCUAUAUAGCGCCAGAAUAUGCCUAUACACUCAAGGUUGAUGAGAAGAGUGAUGUAUAUAGCUUUGGUGUGGUUCUGUUAGAAUUGGUGAGUGGGAGAAAGCCAGUUGGAGAAUUUGGUGAUGGCGUUGACAUAGUCCAAUGGGUAAGAAAAAUGACGGAAGGGAAAAAGGAAGGAGUUCUCAAAAUCCUUGAUCCAAGACUCUCAACAGUUCCCCUUCAUGAGGUGAUUCAUGUGUUCUAUGUCGCAAUGCUAUGUGUCGAAGAGCAGGCUGUUGAACGCCCCAAAAUGCGCGAGGUUGUGCAAAUACUAACUGAGCUUCCCACUCCAUCUAAUACAAAAUCAGGAGAUUCAACAAUCACCGAGUCGCUCCCAUCAUCUGCCCCUGCAUCGGAGUCACCAACUUCAGCUCCCGGAAACACAAAAGAUAACCAUCAGCCACCACCUCAAUCUCCUCAACCUGACCUUCUCAGCAUAUGAUCUAAAAUGUUUCUUCUAUUGGAGGGUGUUUGUUAUUUUAGUUUGAUUCUCUUUAUUUAGUUUUAAAAUGAGGUUGGGCUAGUUUUUUGUUCUUUCUUUUUUGAUAAAUUCAGUUUCAUUGGGGGUUGGUUUAUGAUUUAGGCCAGCUUUUGUUAGGAAGUGUUUCAUUGUACAGUAAGACUGGCAAGGUAUCUGAGUAACUAGUAAUGAACUUUAUCCUUCACAAUUUCCCUUUGGCGUUUUUGCUUUUUGAUAUUGAAGGAAUUCCCAAUA